AUGCUGCCCACCCACAACCCCACCCGCAAACCCCGCCCCUACUUCGCCGCCCCCCCCAGCACCCUCCUCAGCCUCCUCCGCCAGCGCACACGCCUCACCAACCUCGCAGCCGCCCUCCUCCUGGCAGCCCUCUCCUGCUCCCUCCUGCUCAACCUCAACUACAUUCUCUUUCCUUCCACAUCUUCCUCCCCCAGGUCAUUCUCAUACAAGGAGAGCUCGGGGUGGGAUGAUUCCGCCACACCAGAUCAGCUCGAAUCACCCCUGCCGCUCAGCCUCGAAACAACCAUCGAACGGGACCCUCGCUAUGCCGAGAUAGACCGCCUCAUCAUGGUCCCCGGCCAUGCUAUCUGGCUCGGAGAAGAUGCGAGUACAUCAGGGGAGGACAAUGACUGGAUACUGGAGCCCAUGCAGAAGGGCGGGAGUGUCAAGACGUACAUCAAGCAUAUCGAAAAGGGUGUAGAGGAGCUGGAGAACGACCCCAAUUCAUUGCUCGUCUUCUCUGGCGGUGCUACUCGCCACCCUCCUUCACCCCCGACCCCAGAAGCCCUUUCUUACCACCGUCUCGCAUCCGCGCUGUCACUCCUUCCCUCCACACCCAUCGCCGACGCCCACCGCUCCUCUCCCCUUCCAACCAACCUUCGCACAGCUACUGAAGAGUAUGCCUUGGACAGCUACCAGAACCUUUUGUUCUCAAUUGCAAGAUUCCGAGAGGUGACGGGAAAUUGGCCAAAGAAAAUCACUGUCGUCGGAUACGGCAUGAAGCGUAGACGCUUCCAAAACCUGCAUCGAGCAGCCAUUCAAUUUCCUGCCUCCGCCUUUGAAUACAUUGGCAUUGAUGACACUGGUGACACCUCACCUCAUUACGCUGGCGAGCUCAAAUUCGGAUACCUUCCCUUCCUCUCCUCGCCUUCCGGCUGUCACCCGCCUCUAUCAAUCAAGAGACUGGUGCGCAACCCAUUUUUCAGGUGGCACCCUUAUUUCACGAGCUGUCCAGAGCUUUCUGGCCUACUAGAGUGGUGCCCGCCAGUGCAGGAAGUGCAUGGUACAGAAACUUGGGAGGGGAGAGAGAAUGAGGUUGGGGUGGGAUACCCGGGAGCAGUGCCGUGGAAGAACGAGACUGCUAGCGGGGUCACAUGGGGUAGAGAGAAAGAUUAG